AAACAAAACAAACCCGAUAGAGCUGCGGCAGCGUGUGGACUCCAUUGAAGAGUGGGCCUCGUUAUCUCCAACACGGCAGCCUGAACGAUGUCCGGCGCGAAGAGAAUCGUACGCAGGGGGCGUCCGUGAAGUGAGUGCAGCUGUUUCUGGCCCCGUUUGGCGCGCGGGGCGGCGGUGUUUCGCCCGCUCGCUGCGUUUUGUUGCAGUGGAUUAGCCUCGGAGCUAACGGCGGACUUAAAGCACACAGAGAACCACAGCAGACCAGACCAGGUCGAGCACCGUUACUGACGUCUCUUCCCCAACCCCUCCCCCCCGAGCCAAGCAGGCUGCAUCGACCUGCUCUCUGCGAUUGUCCCCUCUCAGCAGUGAUUUAUUGUGCUUGUCAGACAACCUCACACCGCUGGGACUGGACAGGAGACCCAGAGGUUCCCCACUGCUGGAGCGCUGAGCUGUGUCUGGCAAUGCCUCAGCCUAGCGUCAGUGGGAUGGAACCUCCCUUUGCGGACGCCUUUCAGAACUACUCAUUUGCUGACCAGGCCCUGACCAGCACUGAUCUGCUCGCCACCAGCUCUGACCCAGAUUUCAUGUACGAACUGGACAGGGACGUAACCCACCGGCAGAGCCCAUGUGGGGAGAGCAUGGUGGGGGUCGAGGAAGGAGGAAAGGAGGCGGAGGGCUGUGUGGAUCAACUCAUGGGUUUGGGCGAGUGCGAUAUAGUCCACAGCAGCUCAGCGUUUGAACAGUGGGACUCCUACUGGGAAGACCUCACCAGAUACACACGGCUGGCCAGCUGUGACAUCUGGGGAACCAAAGAGGUGGAUUUCCUCGGACUGGAUGACUUUUCUAGUCCCUACCAGGAUGAGGAAGUGAUAAGUCGAACCCCGACACUGGCUCAGCUCAACAGCGAAGAUUCUCAGCCUGUGUGUGAGGCCCUCUACCCCCUUGCUGACCCGACCUUGCCUUCCCCCCAGCCUCAGCCUCAGCCCUCCCAGAUUCCCUGUCACAGUAAGAGACCCCUGGUCCCGGGCCAAGGAUUUGGCCCCGGCUCUGUACGGCCCUCCCCAAGCUCCACAUCCGCAUCCCGUCUUUCCCGCAGUCUUCUCCCUGACUUCCCCGAAGGCUCGCAAAAAGCCACCAGACCUGUCCCCUCCAGCACUGAGACUAUGGCUAAGACCCAGAGCCACCUCAGUCUCACCCACAACCAAGCUCAGAGCAAGACCCAGGGGCGAGUAACCAAGUUUGUAGCCCCAACAUCCCAUGGCUUUGACUUUGUGCGGAAGGCUAAGGUCCGUGUGAGUGCGGUGCACAAAGCUCAGUCCAAUGUGCCCUCCAAGACAAAUUUUGAAAGGUCAGAACCCCCUCUACCUCUCUCCCUGCCCCAAGAUGAAAAGGCUUCCACUUCAGCUAGUGCCACCUUAGCGGUACUUCCUGAUGCUGCCGCCGGUGGCUCCGACAGCCUGAAAAGCUUAGAGAAGAGGGCAGAAGGGACAGGGAGGAGAGAGAUGCCUUUAGGUUGGUCCUCCACUGUGCCUCAACUAGUGGAGAUGAGCCAGGCCCCGGAGGGCAGCACAUCUGGGCCGGUGAGCAGUGGCGAUGGUGUGGCAGGGGCUAGCGGUGGCGUCCUGGUUGUCGAGGCCACGGAGAAGAGCAAGGAGGAGGAACACAACUACUCUCUGUUCCUAACCCGCAGCAGACUGGCUGGCAGAGCUCUCUCCCAGCUGGAGGAGGAUGAGGAAGAGGAGGAGGACGAGGAGGAGGAGGAAGAAGAAGAAGCGGAUGAGGAGGAGGAGGAGGAGGAGGAGGAAGGCGAUGGACUGGAGCUAGAUGACGAAGACCACGAUGAGGGUUUUGGCAGCGAGCAUGAGCUCUCUGAGAAUGACGAUGAGGAUGAAGAGGAGGAGGACGAAGACUACGAAGCCGACAAGGACGAUGACAUGAGUGACGCCUUCUCUGAGCCAGGCUGUGACGUGGAGCUGAUGGAUGACAUCAAAGGCCUGACAGCAGGGGUCUCCAGCCGGAAGAGAGGCAAGCGCCGCUACUUUUGGGAGUACAGCGAACAGCUCACCCCCUCCAAACAGGAACGCUUGCUCAAGCCGUCUGAGUGGGACAGACACACGCUGCCGAGCAACCUGUACCAGAAGAACGGGCCUCUCCAUGGAAAGUACAUGCUGAAGAAGUCACGUCGCACGGAUGUGGAGGACCUUACUCCCAAUCCACGCAAGUUGCUGCAGAUCGGCACCGAGCUCCGCAAACUGAACAAGGUGAUCAGCGACCUGACCCCGGUGAGCGAGCUGCCGCUGACUGCACGACCUCGGUCCCGCAAGGAGAAAAACAAGCUGGCGUCCAGAGCUUGUCGUUUAAAAAAGAAGGCCCAGUAUGAGGCGAACAAGGUGAAGCUCUGGGGACUCAGCACAGAAUAUGAUCGGCUGCUCUUGGUGAUCAAUACCAUCAAGGAGGAGAUUGUGGUGCGAGUCAAGGACUCUUCUCCGCGUCAAACCAACAUGACUGACACCCUGGAGCGGCUCAUCCACGAGACAAUUGUGGCAUCACCUGUUGCUGGGCAGACGUCAGACUUUGUCAACAAGAUCUUGGAGAACACCGGACGUGGCGAUCCCACUGGCGGACUGGUCGGCCUGCGCGUCCCUACCUCCAAAAUGUAGACAAGCCGCUGUCCACUGAGAGGAGUGAACUAAAUAUUACCACCAUGCUGUCCCAUUGUAACUAUGCUCCCCUGUGCAUGUCCCUCCAACCCCAGCGCACAUACACAUUGUUAGUCACACAAACACACGUACCACUCCCCGUGUGUUAAUAUGUGUGCUUGUUAAUAGCCAUGCACCUGUAUGGCAUACACCGUAGCUUUCUGUCUCUGCAUACUGAGAGUCACUGUCUCCCAACCCAUCGUGAGCAUCUGUUGGGAAGUACGCCUCUAAAAGCAAAUGAUGGAUAGGUGUAUAGCCAAUAGCACGUCCUAAAUCCACCGGUGAUUAUUAGAUGUGUUUAACAUAGCAGUGUGUUGAGAUGGUUCUGUUGGAGGUUUGCUUUCAGGGCUUAGACGGAGACAGUCACACGAGUGCAACCACUGGAAUACUUACACAAUUUGCUUGAGGUCGUAAUGACGGAGGAAGAACUGUCACACGUCGGACACCAUCAAAGAUUGAAAAGCCUCCAGGAAUCGUUUUCUACAAGAACUUCACUUCACAUGGCAACAAAAGUAAACUCCCGGAUUCGUAAUUGACCCACUGAGAAAGGCACUUGGACGCAAAUGCCUUCGGUUGCCAAGGCAGCUGCAGGGACAAAAGCAGCAUGCUCCAAGGCGUUACGGGGUGGCAGGAAAUAUUUCGUAUUGAAGGCCUUAAUAUGUUCAUGCCAUUCCCCGUUUGCCAAACGGCUUGUUGAGAUGAAGGUGUUAAAUCCUCGCAAAUGAAUGCGCCAAACAAAAACCAAAAAAGCAGCAGCAGAAGCUGAAAAAUAAAAUUUGAGAAAUCAAAGCCACAUGGAAGUUUGUGGCAGGCGGGAGGAAGCUUAACGGCUCAUUAACUUAACAGGAGGUAGUUGACCAUGUGGACAGGAGGCGCAUGUGUUUUGGUGCUUUUCGGCCUUGUGCUGGUUAUAACUGGACUGGGUGAAAUAUAGGCUUUUUUGCCAGUAUGGGAGCAGACUGAGAGGAAGAUCACGGUGGUGAUGAAGAAGAAGGAACAGUGAUCCAUCUCCUCCAAUAGUCAUACACACAUGUACAUAGAGGUGUCUCCCAGUGACGAAGCGGCACCGGCUCCCCUUUUUUUGUACAGCAGAGAUGACCAGGCUAACAGUUUGGUGUGUUCAUACUAGUGUUUGAUCAAAGUUCUAUUCAUUGUGCCUUGUUUAUGUAUGUGUAUGUGUGUGUGUGUGUGUGCGUGUGUGUGUUUGUGUGUGUGUGUGUGUGUGUGCGUGUGUGUGCGUGUGUGUGUGUGCGCGUGUGUGCGCGUGUGUGUGUGCGUGUGCGUGUGUGUGUGUGUGUGUCCGUAAGUUUGAAUGAGGCCCAGCCAAGGAGAGGACUUCUUUACACUGAGGGAGAUUGAUAGGGAAUGUGAGGAGGGAGACACCUGUGGGGGUUUGUUGUGUAUUUCAGUUGUUUAAAGAUAUUCUGAAUGUACAUAAAACAAAAGGAAGCUCUCGUUGCGUGAUGCCACAGAGUCUGUGUAUAUAGGAGGGCUCUGCAAUAGAUUCCUUAUGGUUUUUGGUACUUUGUCUUUGGGGGUCAGGGGAGGGUUGCCUGAUAUUUUUUCGUUUUAGAGUUACAAAAAAUAUUUGCACACUAUAUUUUGAUUGUUUUUUGUACCAAAGACACAUGCAACGAAAACGGCGACCAGCCUGUUAAAGUAAGGUUUUGCACAGCUUACCUGACGCCGUAUUGAAUGUAAGAAAUGUGGGAGGGUCAGGGAACUUCAUAGAACUGUGAAAUUAGCUUGGGUCCAAUUCUGUACAGAAAAGGAACAUUCAUUAUUAUUAUAGAUUUUUUUUUUUAUCUAACAUUUUACCCCAUCUGUGGGCUUAAAAAUUGUUGCUUAUGAAGCACUUCAUUCCCGAACUGAUUCCUCUCUCCACAUGCUAACUGUGUCAUUGGCUCUAUCUAGGAAAAAAAACCAAGAGCACUAGUAGAUAAGCUAUGUUACAUUUUUGCUCGUUUGUCAAAUUGUCACCAACAAUAACCAAAAUGUUAUGUUCUUGUGUCACUUAAAAUCUGCACGUAGACUAGGUCUAGUUCAUCAACAAAAACAUUUACUGAAUUGUGUUUUAAAGUACUGUAUAUAGAAUCAUCAAUGAUAUAUCUAUCUACGGUGAAAUGCCAGUUUUCAUGACAAUUGAUUCAUUUUUAAGUAUGAAACAUUUCUAUAGCCUAUCAUUGCAUUCAGAAACAUAGAGGAAAAACAGAAACCCCCCCCCCCCCCAAAAAAAAAAGGUUCUUGUUAUAUUUUUGUAUUUUAGCUGCCAGCUCUGAGGGUUGGAGAGUAUUUGUCGGUUCAGGUUCACAAAGUGGAGAGAGGGAGUUGAGGAAUACGGAGAACUGGGAUUGGAUUUAUUUAAAACGCAACGCAGCAAGCGAUGGUCUGGUUUAAAUUGUCUAUUAAGAGAAUGAGGACAGGGCUGUCUUUAGCGCAGACAGGGACACGUCCAGGAACGUGAGGAACUCCGAGGACAACAGUGCGGAGAUGGGAGGGCAGGUGAGGAACCAGCUGCAGUCUUGUCAGAAAUGCUGUCAGAAAGCCAAAGCCAUUCGAUUCUGUCCCAUCUGGAUUCUGCUCUAUGCGUCGUUAUUUAGAUUUUCACACAUAUUCCCUCUGUGAUGGUGGAGCUGGUUGAAUUUUUUGCAUAUUCCUGGGAUUGGCACUGCUGCCUCAGAGGUCGGAUCUGCCCCGGCCUUUCCCCCUCGGUCCUCAGCGUACGUUCUGUUCACCAAAACACACAGAGCCACAAAAGUCCGGGCCACAAAUUGGCAGCGCGUCCCAACCUUGCAACGAUGCAUGAUGCCUGUGUAUGCUUCCCUCCCUGCUGCCUGCUCAGAGGGAACACUACCAUUCCCGGGAAUGUCAGAAUUCAACCUGAAUACACUCAGUCAACAUAAGAGUUCCAUGAGGCCGAACUCAGUUUAGUGUGACGUGAGCACAGUCCUCCUUCACAUAAUGAUGAUGGCAAUGCAGAGCAGUGGUAUUUCUGUACCAUGUAAAUGAAUAACAGGUAGUGCUACACACACACAUAUAUAUAUAUAUAUCGAUAUAUAUUUUUACUGUUUUCCAUUUUGUCUAAAAAGGGAGAAUUGGUGCUUUUUCUGAAACUAGAAAGAUGAGUAUCCAUGAUUCUUAUUUGACUUCUUAGUCUAGUUGUAGCCUAAUGACUUGCUCUCCUCUGCCGUCCACAGCUAUUUUCUUAGUCGUGAUUCAUUUUUGUAAAUAGACUAUAAGUUAAUAUGUAUCUUAUAAAUGUUGGAUAUAUGUAUAGAUUACUAUAUCUUAUGUGUUUGAAAACAAAAAGCACUUUGUCCAAAAAAACAAAAAAAAACAAAAAACAAAAAGAAAAGCAUUUUUUUCUUCCAUUUGCUGCUAAAAGGCCUGGUGUGAAUGCUGCAAGUGCACUUGACGACCACUUGCGAGGACACGUCUAUUACCUGAAUUGGCCAGGUCUCUGAACUAGCAAGAAAAAGGUGUACACGUUUGGCCUGACGAGGGUUAGAUCUUGACAUUUCUGGAGCCGUGUGAUGAUAUGGGAUUGUUGUGUGAGAGCAUAUCGUUGCUAGGCUUUGCGGAGCCCAAGUGUCUCGACAGGAUCGAAUCUAUUUCCUGGUCAGGGACUGUGUGGAUUGUGUGUUUGUGGUCUUACAAAAAAAAUAAAUAAGAGGGUUUUGAUUCCAGGGCCCCUACGUUGAUCCUGAUGCUGACCCCCUUGGUGUCACGAUUCAUUUGCCUUCAGUAGAGGUUUCCUAUGGAAAAACUGAUUCUGCUUUGGCUUCCUCUUCAGGGUGAUGUACAGUGUAGACACAUUUCUCCAGAGAGCUAUAUUGUUAUCAUUUGUAAACUGAUUUCUACUUGUGACUUAAUGAGGAGUGGGUUAUAGCCCGGGGCGGCCAGUAAGAGCUCGUUUGAGAAAUGCUGUUCCCGGCCGCCCUGGGGAGAGUUACUAUAUCACUGUACUGUAUGGCAAGCCAAUUACAAAUGAAGACUCAAUCCGGACACUUAUUGCCUUCUUAUAUAACCUCGCAAAUGAAAAAAAUUUACAUGGCGGACAAGUCGGUUGCCAAGGGGUCUGCCCGUGGUUUAUGACAUUGUUCUGCCAAUAUACGGUCAAAAUCAACAAAACAACCAUUCAGCCUGAUUGGCUCAAAACAACCUCGAUUGAAGUAGCAGACCUGGUGAAAUGUCACUGAGAAAAACGCUUCAGGAGUUUCAACUGCUUGUGCUUUGUCGUAUGCUGUUGGGACAAACGCUCGAGGCGUUUUUUCUCAGCUGUAGUUUUGCCCAGGUCUGGUAGGGGGGGUCAACAGUGGUUAAAGGGCCGCUGGUUGACAGCCGGCUGACGAGAGCAGCGGCCGUGUUUUGCAGACGAUCUUGAGGCUGGUUCAAGAGAGAGUCCUCACAGGUUUUUACAUUUAACGUGAUAGGAGCAAGCUGUGCAACUUUACAUUCAAACCAGGAGACUCUGUGGCAUUUUAACAGUCAAGGAAAUGAGUAAAAAAAACAAAAAAACACGCCAGUAAAAUUAUUCCUUCUCCUUUUUGAGUUCUAAAAAAAAAAAAAAAAUCCUAAUCAGUCAAAUAUUAAGCUACUAGAGUGUGUAACUUUGUGCUACUCUUGUCCAAUAAAAGCUAAGUGGAUCCAUAAAGCUCUUCUUCAGCAAAUCAGGGUAAUAUCGUUCUUCUAUCUGACAUACUGUAUGUGAUGACAUAUAAAAUCGAAAGAAAAUAUAUUUAUAUUCCAAUUAUUGUCGCCAUUCUUUACUCUGUACAAAAUAUUGUACGUAUGUGUGUGUUAUGAAUUGUUAAUGUCAAUCAAUAUGGUGCAAUGAUCUCGACACAAACUGAAAAAAAAAGGCCAACAAACAGACAAAUUCACAAGGGUUCACACGUUCUCUGCGACAUUGUCCUCCCACUAAGGAUAUGACUCAGAUUUCCAGUUGGGGUUUGUCAAGCGGUGCUGAUUGUUUUUCUUUAUCAAAGAAAUAAUCCAAUAAUUGAAUUAGCAUCUGUACUUAGAGCCACUUGCAAAUUAUUGUCCAUCUGAUUAAUGUCCAAUGAUCAGACAAGACGUCCCUCCCCUUGAUCAUUUUCAUUGAUUGUGUCCAUUUAAUGGCACGAUUUUCCCUGUUGGACCAAUCAGAAGAAGAUUCUUGCUCUAAACAACAACAGACUGAUGUUUUCUGUGUUGUUGACAUUAUGUAUGAUCUUUAUUGUUAAGCAUACCAUGAGUUCUUUUGUAAAAGCCAGACUCCCUGAUUUGAUACCAAUGCACAGACAUUACCGGGGGAUCUUUAUUCCAUUCGAAAACCAUAAGUGCAAAAUGAAUAUGUGCCGUAAAGUGCAUUUUUAACACCUUUCGGCCCUUUGUUUUGGUUUUUACGGGAGGAACUUUCCUGUUUCGCAUAACUACUCCUAAAACACAUACAAAAUCUACGUCUGUAAAAUCAGUGUUAACGAAUGUCCUUGAUGCAUUGGGUCUGGGAAUGAAACACAACAAAGCUAUAAAUGACCGAAACAUCUCGGAGUCUGACUGAGGUUGGUUUUUUUGUUUUCUCUCAAGGCAUUGCUACUGUAUUCUAUAUUGUUCAAACCCAUGUUGGUUGUCGUCGUUGCACCUCAUCUUCAAAGGCUGUACACUGUAUUAGCCUCUGUGUAAAUUAGACACAUACAGAAAUGUACUCUGUGACAAAAGAUGCGUUCGGAGUAAUACCUUUGCAUGCCGAUUCCCUGCAUAGAACCGAGAGAAUCAAGUGACGUCUGGAGUUCAUGCAGAUUGAGAAAAUGAUUUGGUCAGUCGCCGGAAAGCAUAUUCAUGAUCACGAGGUUGUUGCAUGACUUUUUGGGCUCACUGUACUCUCAGUCAAAUGAUUUCAAACUUGCUGCUAUUGAAUGAGCACAAAGAGACUUUAGAUUUUGGUUUAGAGUGUCCAAGACACAAUGACGGCAUGUUAUUACCACCACACAUACACCUGUUGUUGGUUUUUUGGUUUUGUUUUUUUUUUCCUUUUUCUUUUCUCCUACGACAACAGCGUUGCUCACCUUGCACUUGGUUUUUACAUAUACAAGAAAAGAAAAAAAGAGAUUUCGAAUAUGAUGCCUGAUGAACCAGGUGCCUUAAUCAAAUAUAGGAGAACACAAAUCUGCACCUUCUGUCGGUCUGGAGGGGGUUUCCCUACAGAAACAAGGGGCUGGGUUUCCCACAACCUUAAACUUUGAAAUGCAACAAUAAAAUUAAAACCUCACUUUAACCCCAAAUCAGUACAGCGUGUACAAUAAUCCGCCUCUGUCGUGUCCGGAUAGGAAAACUAACAGUAUGUGUUUACUGAAUUUACGUUGUUUUGGGAAACCUGGCUCUGUUUAUUUUAUUUAACUUUUUAAAAAAAAAACCUCUUUCUCUGCCCACUACGCCACGUUAUUGUGUUUUCUGUAUCGGCUGCUGCUGCUAUCACCGCUGGUGUGUCCAUGUAGAGAAGAGCAAAACUUCCACUGUGUCUGAGGCCGAGGGAGACUCGGGGCCUGCUUUUUAACUCCUCAAUUACAAUGCAUUCUUCUCGUUCUUCUUCGGUUUUCGACUAGGAGCACUGUGUUGCUGCCUCUUGAGACCCCUUUUACGAGAGAGAGAGAGAGAGAGAGAGGGAGAGAGGGAGAGAGGGGGGACGAGAAAAAAAAUAGAGAAAACAAAAAAAAAGCUUGACAGAACUCUCUGUUUCUUAACUUUGCUAUUUUGAAGUGCCAGAACCUCCUUGAAGUCAGUGUUGGCACUGAGUCGCGGGUCGCGAGCGAAGCGACAAAACUGAGCAUGGAGGAAAACCGUGGUGCUAAUCUGUCAGUGGCUGGGUGCUAACAUGGCUGUGUUUCUAAGAAGCUGUAUUAGCCAUAUUAUUCCUUCUGUUGAUGACUCGGGUCAGUCUUUUGUUUCUGACUGCUGUGCGCUGACGUGGGGACGUGUAACUCUUGCUGCUGCUUCGCCGAUAAAUGUAGAGCAGUCUUCUUGUCGUCAGGAUCCAGUAAGAUCACGAAUGUCGUAUCUUUAUAUGGCCGCUGUUCUGCUUGUAUGUUUAAAGCUUCUUUUUUUCUUCUUUUUUAAAAAAAAAAAAAAAUUGAGAUUAGGGUUUGAUAUUUAUGCUCUAAAGUCUGUCAAAUGUUGCACGUUUGAUUUUUAUUUUCCUCUUAAAUUAUAUUUUAUUGCCUUUUCCCCUGAUUCCAGUGUUAAAGCCAUUUGUUUGAUUGUUUUUUUUUUUUUUUUACAAGUCCUGUAAAUUGAAAACCGAGGACACAGUUUGUUUAAGCUAGACUUCAUAGCUAUUUCCGCUGAAGCGCGGGGCUUUGCCGUGAGUCAGAGACUUCACGUGAGACUCACAGACACAAGUCACAGUCACAAUAAGACGUAACUGUCUGUGCCGUUACAUACAACUUUGACAAUAACUUCAUUUUAACUGCAAAAUGUAUUUUAAAUUUUAUUCCACCAAAGUGGAAAGUUGUCGAGAGAAACUUGAUUGUACGUAAUCUGAAUAAUUUCAAAAAUGGUAUAAUCACAGAAACAUCCGAUACGCUCUGGUUUCAUUUGUUUUGGUCCGUUUCUCCUCCCUGUCAUGCGGUAUCCUGUUACUUUACCCUUUUCUCUGCACUAUGUUCUGCUAUGAUGUCAGCUAAAGAAAACAAUAUGUCUGCAGAUCGGCAGUUUCAUUGUGACUGAGUAAUUGUUGUGUGUGAAGCCCACGAAGCGUUGUUUUGUCAUUUGAGUUUCGGUGCGAUCAGGUGGGGGCAGUAGAACCCUUAAACCAGGCUCAGCGAACAGAACCUCACCUUGACACAACUCUUCUUUUGUAAUGACUCUGGACCGAGGUCCGGGCGCUCCACAGCCUUAGAGCUCAGGGUAGAAGUUUGGCUCGCAGGCCUGCUCUCUCUAAAAAAAAUAAAAAUAAAGAAUUGCUCAUGAUCACUUGAUCAUGUUUUCUGGGAAAACUUCACCACGGCGCCAGAGAUGUCUCGCCCCCUCUGAGUGCUUUUUUGUUUUCCUUUCAGAAGGGCUUUGGUUCGCAGUUGUCUCGUCAGGUAGCUCCUGAGAUGAGCAAGGGGUGACUAAAGGCUGGUGGGCAGAGACCCCUCAACCUGCUCUGCGAGAAACGACGGGGAGAGGUUUGGAUUCCUCUCCUGCAGACACAUGCUGCGUUCCAUUAUCCCGCGGAAGUCGGACCCCGGAAGUCGGGGUGGUGAUUUUUUUUCCGACUCUGAGGGGCGUUCCAGUCGCAAUUUCCGACUCGAAGGUCAUAAUUCUGAGUUCCGAGAUUAUACUGGAACGAUAAACCCCGAGUUCUGGGCUCCGAGUUCCGAGGUGUAAUGGAACGCAGGGUUAUCUUAUUAAAGCAAAACGACAACAACCCACCCUCGAUAGUAAAAAAAACAAACAUUUUCUAUAUUUACACACGACCAACUCGUCAUACAACACUGCAAUGAUUUACAUAUUCAUACAGACUUGCCAAAAUGCAUGGAGGGAGAGUCAUUUAUCAAAAAUAUGUUUAUCCUAAAACAUUUCUUUCUUUCCUUUUUUUUGUUUUUCACUUUUGAUAAUAAUGAAAGACAGGAAGACGUUUUUAUAGGAAAUCCAUACAAGUCCAAACAUGUAGAGGAUGUGGAAGGUAUCGAUCACUCUGAGCUCCACAGCUACAUGCCAUUGAUAUGAUGCUUCUGGUCUCGUAUGGUAACUCAUUUGACUAGAUCAACAGCAUGGGAUCUUUCUGUAACCAGUCCUGUGUGUGUUCCUCUCACCAGUCCCAGUAGGGAGGCUGUACUUCAUUGCUAAGUGCUCUAUAAUAGAUCUCUUGGUGAUUAUAAUUUCAUAAACUAAGCAAAACCUGCAGAAAGUGUAUCCUGCUGAAACUAACUUGAUCCUCUCCUUAGCAAUGACGUCUAUAUUUGUAGUUCACAUAUAUGCCUGUUCUAUUACAAUAUCUUGACAGUUGUUAUAUUUAUGUUGUGUAAUAAAUGUCGUGCUGGGUUUAUACUUUUGUUUUAAACUGACUUUUCUGUUUUACCUUUUUUUCUCUUAUUCUUGGAGGCACAAUGGGUGGCUUUAUGCACAAGCAUGAAAAUGUAAAAAAGAAAAGAAAAGGAAAAACUUGUUUUUUUUGUUUGUACUGUAACAGCUCAUUCUGUUUCAGAGCUUCUGACAGGUUUUUUCUGGCUGCUCAACAUCCUGCAGACACCUGCCCUGAAUCUCUGUUGUGUUAUUGUGCCUCUUUCUUUCUUUCUUUUUCUUUCUUUCCUUCUUUCUUAUUUUUUUUUUUAAAUCAUUCUUUCUGUGUUGUAUCAGCCAGGAGUUGGUACCACAGCUUUGCUUGUAACCACAAUAGUUUGAUUAGGUUUAUUGAUUUUAAAAUAAAAAUAAUAAAAACCAUUAGCACCCCA